UGAAAGUGUGGUCGGGGGUGACAGAACGAGCGCCAGAUAAAACAGCAAUGACUAUUUGCGGCUAUAUAUAUACAUACACAAACGGUAUUGCACGGCGAGGGCCCUUAGUGUGCCGGGCGUACGCGAGGAGGGAACAGCUCGGUUUAGACAUCCUGUCCUGAUGCUCAAGAUGAAGAUAGCCAUUUCGCUGGUUCUACUCUCCUUGGCGGUCACGUGCGUAGUCUGCACGUCGCCUCAGAACUGCGCCAACGUCAACUGCGCCGCUGUCACGUGCAACCGUGUGAACUGCAAAUGCGGCGCCUACAAGGACGACUGCGGGUGCUGCGACCUCUGUUACAAGUGUCCCGGUGAGGUGUGCGUUCCCCUGUACCAGCACCGCUGCACCGAACACCACGACUGCGUGCUCGACAACCCCAACGUGCGCAUCGAGUUCGGCUCCCGAGGCCAGUGCAAAUACGUGCAGCAGCAGCACGACCACAGCAACUGCACCGAGGAGCACUGACUAUAGAUGGCUGCCACAUCGGUCGCAACGAGCAGGGGG